AGUGUUCUUAGAGGUAGCCACACCUCAGCAAGGUCUUUCUAACUUGGAACAGCAAAGUUCAAAUGAACGAAUAGACACAAACUGUGAAAGAGUCCUGAACCCAUUACAAGGUGAUUCUUUACAGCACAAUUGCCCUCUGAAGCUACUUGAAACAGGGCAUGGGACUUAAAGGAGAAAAAGAAGGAAAUGGACCAUCUCUUCUAACACCUGGAAUGUGAUCCAAGCCUGGAGACAAAUUGAGGGUUUGCGGCUAGAAGACAGUAAAACUAGCAAUGGAGCCCACAUAUGAGGAAUACCUAGCAAAUCAUGGAACAAUAGUAAAGCCUUAUUACUGGCUAAGCUUCUCUCUAGAUUGCUCUAAUUGUCCUUACCAUAUUCGAACGGGUGAAGAAGCAAGAGUUUCCCUCACAGAAUUUUGUCAGAUUUUUGGAUUCCCUUAUGGGACAACAUAUCCUCAAACAAAACACCUCACAUUUUAUGAAUUAAAAACUUCUUCUGGUAGCCUGGUGCAAAAGGGCCAUGCUAGCAGUUGCACUGGGAAUCAUAUCCAUCCAGAAUCAAUGCUCUUUGAAAUGAAUGGUUACCUUGACUCAGCCAUAUACAAUAAUGACAGCAUCAGGCAUAUCAUUCUGUAUUGCAACAACUCCCCUUGUAAUGAAGCUAACCACUGCUGCAUCAGCAAAGUGUACAAUUUCCUGAUUACAUAUCCAGGCAUCACUCUUAGUAUUUAUUUUUCUCAGCUCUAUCACACCGAGACGGACUUUCCUGCCUCCGCAUGGAACCGCGAAGCUCUCCGGAGCCUGGCCAGCUUAUGGCCGCGGGUUGUUUUGAGUCCAAUAAGCGGCGGGAUUUGGCAUUCUGUCCUCCACAGCUUUGUUAGUGGUGUCUCAGGAUCACAUGUUUUUCAGCCCAUUUUAACAGGGAGAGCACUGACUGACAGGCACAAUGCAUAUGAAAUCAAUGCCAUAACAGGUGUAAAACCUUUCUUCACUGAUGUUCUUCUCCAGACAAAAAGGAAUCCAAACACAAAAGCUCAGGUGGCUUUAGAGAGCUACCCCUUAAACAAUGCCUUUCCCGGACAGUCUUUUCAAAUGACGAGUGGAAGACCUCCA